AUGUCUGCACUGAUAGCUGACAAAGAAGAUGCAUAUCAGAAAUACUUUACAGAAAAGAUAUUACCACAACUAUAUAAUAUUAGACCUGUUAAAGCUGUUGAUUCUCACAUGACAAAGUAUCUUGAGGGAAAGGUCCCAGAUAUUUUCACUCAUUUCAAAGAUUUCGUAACUGAUGGUACUGUAAAAGAUAUGAGUAUAGAGUCAGCUGAUGAUAUGAAAAGGAAGGUAUUUUGUCUGUUUAGUUCGCCAGAAAGAGUCUUCUUGAUAGGUGUUACCUGCUUUUGGAGUAUUAGAAGUUAUCUUGUCUUACUUUUGCGAACUAUUCCAGUUUGA